GUAAAUAAGAGAAAAGAGAAGGGUAAUUUCGGUAUGCAAAUUUUUCCGACCGCGCCCGUCCCCAGUUUCAAAAUAAUUCAAACGGCUCUCUCACUUCUCCUCUCCCUCCACUCCACUCGAGGUCGAAAGAAAUUGGGGAUCGGGAAAACCCUAACCCUAAUCCAACGACGACGACGACGACGACGAAGAAGAAGAAUUAAGAGGAAUUCGGGCUUACUUUCUUCGAAUCCCUACAAGAUUUCAGCCUAAUCGCGCCCCAAUUUGACCUCCAACGAAGCCCCGAAAACCUAAUUCUCUGUGAUGUCCCUCAGAAGCCGCACCAAUCCGCCUCGGAGCCCUUUAAAUAAAAAGGAGAACUUAGAUGAGGGUCGAGCUGAUAAGAGGAGAAAGGUCGCCGUAGGGAAGAUGGUGGGAGCUACGAGCAAUCUACGGUCCCGACCGGUUCUAUCGGUCGUCAAUGCGGGGGCCACUGCCGGAGCAGGAGAUCCGGCGGCUGCCGACGGCGCCAAUGGCGGUGUUGGCAUUGAGUUCAGCUCGAGGGAGGACGUCGAGAGGCUGCUCAAUGAGAAGAUGAAGGGGAAGAACAAGAAUGACUUCAAGGGGAAGAGCGAACAGAUGAUGGAGUAUAUAAAAAAGCUCAGAGCUUGCAUCAAAUGGCUUACGGAACAGGAAGAUGGGAAUUUGAUGGAGAUGGAGAAGCUCCGUAAUUUGCUAGAUUCCGAGGAGAAAAAUCAUGCUGAGAUCGCUGCCCAGUUGAGAAAUACUAACGAAGAACUAAAUUCAACGAUUGAGGAGCUACGGAAACAGCUUGCAACUUUAGAGGAGAAAUAUAGAAAAGAGGAAGCUGAGAAAAUGGGUGCUAUUAGAUCUUGUGAGGAGGAAAAGGAAGCAAGGUUGGCAGCAGAAAGUCGAUGCAAUGCUCUGUCAGCAGAGCUUGAUAAGGCUGGCCAUGAAGCAAAACGUCUUAAUGAUCAGAUUAAGAUGCUUCAAGAGACCAACAAGAGGCUUCAGGAAUACAAUACUAGCUUGCAGCAGUAUAACAGCAAUCUCCAAGCUGAUGCUCAAAAGAAUGGAGAAGCCAUAUCCAAGUUGCAGAAGGAGAAAAAUGCCAUGAUGGAAACCCUUAACGGUUUGAGGGAUCAUGUCAACUCUGUCAAAAAUCAGCUGGAUAUUUCCAGGGCUUCUCAACAGGAAGCUUCUAAACAAAAAGAAGAGUUAAAGAAAGAACUCAACUGUUUUAGAAAUGAACUACAGCAAGUAAGAGAUGAUCGUGAUCACCAAUUAAACCAGGUGCAGUGUUUGAUGGCUGAAAUUGUCAAGUACAAAGAACUAACUGGAAAGUCUGCAUUGGAGCUGGAUAAUGCAACAUCAAAAACCAAUGCUCUUGAGGAGGCCUGUUCAUCACAAAGAGACAUAAUAAAGACCCUGAAACUUCAACUUGCAGCUGCAAAUGAGAAGCUGAAGAUGGCUGAUCUAACAGCCAUGGAGACAAUGUCAGAGAACGAGGAGAAAAAGAAAAUGUUAAAAGAUCUGCAGGAUCGGUUAGCUGAUGCAGAACAGCAAAUUUCUGAAGGAGAGAAAUUACGCAAAAAGUUGCAUAAUACUAUAUUGGAACUAAAAGGAAAUAUUCGAGUCUUUUGUAGAGUGCGACCAUUAUUACCUGACGGUGAAAAUAACGGGGUAGAAGGGGCUGCUCUUUCAUAUCCAACCUCUACUGAAUAUCUUGGCCGUGGCAUUGACUUGAUGCAUAAUUCACAAAAAUACUCCUUUACAUUUGAUAAAGUCUUUGAUCAAGAUGCUUCACAAGAGGAUGUCUUCGUUGAAAUUUCACAGCUAGUACAAAGUGCACUUGAUGGGUAUAAGGUUUGCAUAUUUGCCUAUGGCCAAACUGGCUCUGGAAAAACUUAUACAAUGAUGGGCAAACCUGAUUUUCUCGAACAGAAAGGAUUAAUACCACGAUCACUAGAACAAAUUUUCCAAGCUAGCCAGUCCCUGCUAUCGCAGGGUUGGAGGUUCAAAAUGCAGGCUUCCAUGCUUGAAAUUUAUAAUGAAACAAUUCGUGAUCUGUUGAAUCCUAAUCGGUCGGGCAGUCAAGAUACUGGUGCUUCCAAGUAUUUGAUUAAACACGAUGCAAAUGGAAACACGCAUGUAUCUGACCUUACAGUCGUAGAUGUAUGCAGUAUCAAUGAGGUCUCUUUCCUCCUACGGCAGGCCGCACAGAGCCGGUCAGUUGGAAAGACUCAGAUGAAUGAACAGUCUUCUAGAAGCCAUUUUGUCUUCACACUGAGGAUUUCUGGGGUUAACGAGAGCACUGAUCAGCAAGUUCAAGGAGUACUAAACCUAAUUGAUCUUGCCGGGAGCGAGCGUCUCGCCAAAAGUGGCUCAACUGGUGACCGCCUCAAGGAAACUCAGGCAAUUAACAAAAGCUUAUCAUGCUUAAGUGAUGUUAUCUUUUCUAUCGCAAAGAAAGAGGACCAUGUACCAUUCAGAAAUUCCAAAUUAACAUAUCUUCUUCAGCCAUGCCUUGGAGGUGACUCGAAAACCUUAAUGUUUGUGAAUAUCUCUCCCGAGGCAUCCUCAACAGGGGAAUCAAUCUGUUCGCUUAGGUUUGCCGCAAGGGUAAAUGCUUGUGAGAUCGGCGUCCCUAGGCGUCAGACUCAGAUGCGGACUUUAGAUUCCCGAUUAAGCUAUGGUUAAAAUCAUAUCUUUCCCUGGUUUUUCCCUCGGUCAAUAGAAUUUCAAGAUAUAUUUUUGUGACUAAACUCGCCCUUCAAAUGUGUGGGUUGUAUUUGUAUCUCAAGGCAAUGCAAUUAUCAUUGCUGCCGAAAGAAAAAGGACAUUAGUGUGUUGAAAUUUGUAUCAAAGAGAACCUUCGGUGAAGUUGUUUCUUUCGGGGUUUUUUUAGCUGAUCAUGAUUGUAGCUACAUUUGUAUUAACAGUUAUAGUCACCUAUCUGAUUGUCUUAUGAAAGUGUAUCAUGAGAAUUCUUGUGAUAGUAUCUUAA